AUGUCUACGCCGCCUGCUGUCAGAGAAGCUGCAAAGCAAGUGGUGAAAUGUCUGGAAAGGUUUCCUGCCGAUAGGUUCAAGCAUUUGACCUCCUUCAAGGAUAUUCAAAUCUCUAGGUUCAACCGUAUAGCUGGUGUAUCUCUCAAAGGAGAAGACGCUGCGAAUGAGAAGAAGCCAAGUCUUUCAGAAGUCAAAGAUAUGAUUAGCAGAACCUCAGGUCCCUUAGGUCUACAGAAGGAUUUCUUGAAGAAAUUACAGGGUGCUUUACAACAGGAUAUGGUAUCUGAAGAAGGACUGACAAAACAAAAGAGGUCUUUGGAAGUGUUGAUGAGUGAUAAAUACAAGAAUUAUUAUGAAGUAGGAGACAAGUUAUACAAACCCAAUGGGAACCCAGAAUAUUAUCAGAGAUUGAUGGAUGAAUUGACAGGUAAGAAGAAGGAAAACCUAUUCACUGGUUUAAGAACUGUGUUUUUUGGUAAAUAG